UUUGUGAUUUUAUUCUGCUUAGGCAUUCUUCAUCAAAGAAUACAUCUUGAACCAUCCAGAGGAUGGAGAGAAGAUCACACGCUUGAGAGAGCUGAUGCUCGAGCAGGCUCAAAUUCUAGAAUUUGGCUUGGCUGUGCACGAGAAGGUGGUGCCACAGGACAUGAGGCCGCUACACAAAAAGCUGGUGGAUCAGUUCUUUGUGAUGAAGUCAAGCUUGGGAAUACAGGAAUUUUCUGCCUGUGUACAAGCUAGUCCUGUUCAUUUUCCAAAUGGAAGUCCUCGUGUAUGCCGAAAUUCCAUGCCUAUUUCUAUGAGCCCUGAUGCUGCCAGGGUAAUACCACGACGCAGCCCCUUGAGUUACCCAGCUGUCAAUCGGUAUUCAUCCUCAUCACUGUCAUCCCAAGCUUCUGCUGAAGUCAGCAAUAUCACUGGGCAGUCAGAAAGCUCAGAUGAAGUUUUUAACAUGCAGCCUAGUCCGUCUACCUCAAGCCUGAGUUCUACUCAUUCUGCUUCACCUAACGUGACCAGUUCUGCUCCAUCCAGUGCCAGAGCCUCUCCUCUGUUGUCUGACAAACAUAAGCAUUCCCGAGAAAACUCUUGCCUGUCUCCCAGAGAGAGGCCCUGCAGUGCCAUCUACCCUACUCCUUCGGAAACUUCGCAGACUACAAACUCUUGCUUUGCCAAGUGGAAUGCGACUUCUAUCCCCCAUUCUAUCCGAGAUUCCAUAAGGGAGGCUGAGGAGCUCGUAGGCCCAGUCUCCGCUCUCUCUGAGACUCGCCCAGCAGGAAAAUCUCCCAAUCUGUCUCUACCCUCAGUGUCCCAUGAGAGGGUAAGUAGAAAAUUAACUUGCUCAUACAGUGAAGUAUGUUUCGAAGGUGAGAAGGUCUGACAGUUUCUUUCUGCCCUUAUAACCAGAAAUGAAGAUAUAUCUUUCCAGGGAAAGGUGAAAUUUCUUUCUCUGGUGCUCUGUUCCCAUAGCAGUAAAAAUAGAUUGUGAUCAGAAACAAAAUCAUGAUUCUUUGCCUUGUGAUUAAGAAUGGGAAAAGAAAUCCUCAGGACAAUUGUAAGGAGAUAUCUUAGAGAUACCUGCAACUCUCAUUAGAAUUUAUCUGCUCAAACUGUUCCCUGUCCUUUCCACUUUUAUUCUAAUAACAGUUAAUUUCAACAGUCUUGGUUGGAGCUUCACACUAAGUUAAAGAGGAAAGAACGACCCAUUUAUGAAAGACUUUGUUACAGCUUGAUGAAAGCAAUUUUCACAUUAGUGUUUCAGUUGGGAAAGAUGAGAUAC